UACUGUACACUGUUCCAGCCUUCCUGUUCUGGGAAGAACACUAUACUGUACGCUGUUCCAGCCUUCCUGUUCUGGGAAGAACACUAUACUGUACACUGUUCCAGCCUUCCUGUUCUGGGAGGAACACUAUACUGUACGCUGUUCCAGCCUUCCUGUUCUGGGAGGAACACUAUACUGUACGCUGUUCCAGCCUUCCUGUUCUGGGAGGAACACUCUGUUCCCCCGCGGUUCCGUGAGGUUGACGGGGACCACAAGCGCAUGCUGGCGCUGCUGCGGGACAGCGACCGCACGUGGGUCGCCGUGUGUCCCCCACACAUCACGGAGGGCCCAGGCCGCGGGGACUACACGGUGGCGCGGGGCCAGGGCCCUGGCAGGACCAUCACCAAGCAGGACUUGGGCCACUUCCUGGUGACGUGCCUCACUGACCCCGCCAACUACGGCCAGCUCUGUGGCCUCUGUGAUGCGCCUCAGUAGCGCCUCUGCGGGCCUCAGUGGCAGCUGCGUCGCUUCAGUGUCUGUGUGCUUUGUGUGGCCUCACAUGGCUUGUGUGGCCUCACAUGGCUUGUGUGGCCUCACAUGGCUUGUGUGGCCUCACGUGGGUUGUAUGGCCUCACAUGGCUUGUGUGGCCUCACAUGGCUAGUGUGGGCUCCCAAAGUAGUCCAUAUUUAGUUGCUGGGCACAGUAGGGGUAGCUUGAUGGUCUAUAAUUAAGCUCACAUAUUAAGACAGGGUUCACAAUACGCUGCCAGUCACGGGCCAGGCGUAUGCCAGUCACGGGCCAGGCGGAAGCCAGUCACGGGCCAGGCGUAUGCCAGUCACGGGCCAGGCGGAAGCCAGUCACGGGCCAGGCGUAUGCCAGUCACGGGCCAGGCGGAAGCCAGUCACGGGCCAGGCGUAUGCCAGUCACGGGCCAGGCGGAAGCCAGUCACGGGCC